AGAGCAUGUAGACCGAUCGUGGGCUGCCGUGGAAAUGGACUACUGCGGAAAAAGAAACCAAGCUCCCCCAUCCAUCAUUUUAUCGCAAUUGUGUUUAUUUAUAUUUAUUAUUGAUAUUCAUUACUAUCAACUAUAAGCAUUAAGCUUGGUGAAAUUUUGAUAAGCCUGUAUUUUCUUGACAUUAUUUGUCCAUUACAAUUAACAAUUGAAAAUCGUUUUAUUCAACGUUACAGUUGCUAUGUCAAAUGAGGAGCGUCUUCGUUCUCUCCUAGCUGAUUUGGGGAAAGCAACUCUACGAGGUGUGAAAAAGUGUCCAAAAUGUGGCACUUACAAUGGUUCACGAGGACUCUGUUGUAAAAACAAAUACUGCGAUGCAGUCUUCAAAGAGCCAGGAGAAAAAAGAAAAUUGUCAACAGAAGCCUGUAAACUCAUAACUGGAUCAACAGUUCAGGUUUUUUCAGUACGAGUACGUGACAAAGGUCCCGAUUAUCGAGGCUUCGUUCAACUGCCGUUGAUCAAUGCCACUGCAAUGUCCAAUGACAUGAAUACUCUUAUUUCGCAAAGCACAGCUUUAUGUUUCGUUGACAGUUGUGAGAGGAGCUUUGACACAAGUGUUUUAAAAUGUCAUGAAAAAAAUUCGUCCGAUAUCUGUAUUUCCACUUGUCAACAUAUCCAGGCAGCCCUCAGGUGUUACGCUGAGGCUCAACCUCUCACCCUGAGAAAUUCAAUUCUAUCAUCGUUAAAUGUUAACAACGAGACGAAGCAGGAAAUUUGGCUACUAGCGACUGAAACAUCUGGGCCUCUUGUUCAACGUGUUUCCAAAACUAUCAUGGCUGUCAAGUGCAAAGCAUCACCCAAACAUCCUCUCGGUUAUCUACAUUUUUCAUUUUACACUACUAAAAUGAAGGAAAGGAUAGAGCACAGAUACUUUUGUAGUUGCACUGCUUUCAAAGCAGGGCCUAAGGUAAUAGAGGUAAAGGGCGAGGAACAGUCUGGACAGGCGAGACGUUGUGCUCAUUUCUACGCAUGCAUUUGUGCCUUUGCUAGUGAUCCUAAAUUAUCAGAAGAGUUUAGAUAUUAUAUUAAUCUAGAUGAGAUGGAGUUGAGAAUUGAGAAGAGCCUCUGUGUACCUUAUCAGUUUCAACCACUUGAAACUGAUAAGAUUAUUGGAAUGGAUUUGGAAAACCUAACUGAUGAUACUCAUCUCCUGAUAUUCCGCGACGAUACCUUGACAGUGCAGAGUUUAGAUGGCAAUAGAUUGGAUAUAGACACAAUAAAUCUCGAUGCAACAAUUUUACCCAAUAGCAUCGUCGAGGGAAUUGAUGUAGACUGUGAAUCGGCGGCAGCAUUCCUCGACAAUAGUAACAACAUUAUUUCUCCCGUUGAUGAUAUCGAUAUUGUUGAUCAAAAUAGAAUGAUGAAUACGAGUACGGUAACAAUAGUUGAGGAUGAAUCCAAUGCUAAAUAUAAUCUAACAACAAGUGUUGAUUAUUUGGAAGAUAACAAUGACAAUCAGGCAAUAAAAUUGUGGAAUACUGGUUCAAUAAAAAUAUUGGAUGGAAGAAAUUCAUUGCUGGACAGUGGAGUGAAAAUUAUCGACAACAACACUGAUAUAAUCAACUGUGAUAGAGAAAUGACAUUGCAAAUGAUGAACAAUAUUCAGCCACACUCAGCUAAGAGGAAGCGGGAUCAUGUAUCAUUGCCUAAAUUGUGUAUCAACAAUUUAAAUUCUAUUGAAACGAGAAAAGGAAAAACUAAAGCGACAAUUAUCAAAAAAUAUCACAAUUCAUGCGACAAUAUGGACGAGGGAAAUACCAAUUUGUCAUUCAUCAAAUGGCUAGGAUCAAUAACUGAAAGGAUUAAUCAAACAAUGCAUUUUCAGUUUGAUGGAAAACCAGAACCUCUGGUCUUCCAUGUUCCACAGAUAUUUUUCGACUGUCUUCGCGAGCGAAUAUCGUGUGGUGGAAAGAAAAAACGACUGCCAAAUUCUACCACAGCCUUUGUCAGAAAAGAUGGAGUACCCUUGGGGACAUUUACCAAGUAUACAUGGCAAAUUACUAAUAUUCUUCAUGUCAAGAGUAUAUUCGAUACACCUGUAAUACCACUCGAAAUAACAAGAAGCUUUCUACAAAAUUGUGAUGGCACAUACGAGUUAUAUAAACGAGAAGAAUCAGAGAUUGAUCGAUACAAGAAAACGGGCAACAAUGCCCUUAUUAAACCAUUGGAGUUGAAAACAUAUCUUAAAGUUGGUAAUACUUGUCCAGAUCAAAUAGAACCUACACCUUUUUUGAUCGAAUGGAUACCCGAUAUUCUUCCAAUUUCAAAAAUUGGGGAGUUGAGGCUGAGAUUUGAAUUUGGUCAUGUAAAAAGUGAAGCACCACAGAAAUGCAGAAAAGUAGCAUUAACUAAGAAUUACUCUUAGAUAAUUAUUUCAUUUUUUAAAUGAUGAUGGAGAAGAAAAUAAACAAUUGUGAUAUCUAUAUAUGAUAUUUAAGCGUAAUAUAAUAAUUUAAUAAUUAUAUUAAACUUGUAAAUUCGCCAUUUAAUAUAGUACAUGUUUUUUCACCAUUUUAUGUCAUUGAAAUUAAUACUUCAUCUAUCAUUAAAUUACAACAUUGAAAGAUAUUUAAU